GCGAGAGAGAGCAUCCGUUGGAUGCUUAGAGCGCAUAAGUGGGUUUGAGCGUAAAGGGCGCACGUUAGUGUGGUAGGGCUGUGUUGGUUCCUUUCUUCCAUUGAUAAGAAAUAAAAUGCUCUAAACGACCUAAGUGCGAGAGUGUUUUUUUGUUCACAAACAGUGGCUGCCAGAAUGCGGACAAAGUUUGUGGUUUUUCGAAACGCAAGUACAACAAUAAAUGUUGCAGGAAAUCCCUUAAAAAAGGGUUGCACGAUUUGAGGAAAAACAUUAUCAGAUUUACGUAAUUCCUUCACAUGUUAUUUACAGCUGAUUGAUUUCUGUUCCCGCGUUUUUCUGUUGCGUUCGUUUCGUGUAAACACGCAUUAGGUUGUUUUUGCCGGUUGACUGUUCUGGCAGCACUGUUGUUGUUUUUCUGUGGAAUUGCUUUUCAAGUGCAAAACACAAAGCAAGCAUAGAAAAUGGCACAAGCAAGGAAGACGAGCUACCUGCAAGUGUGACAUGGUGCAAAAAGGCGUUUAUGAUUUGUUAUCACUCAUUCCCACUAGCAGAUGAGGAAUAUGAUUCCAUCGAGAUCUAUGAACCGUCCAAACAACAUCCCGCACGGAAGACAACCCAUUGACUCGCUCGAAGCAUCAUCAUCGGAUACAAUUGUUCCAGGCGUGCCAGAUACAUCCAGCGGAAUGUGUAAUGAAUAUGCUCCAUCGUAUAAUACCCGAGGUCCGGGAUAUAAUUCGUGGUAUGUACCGGCGUCCAACGAACCAAAUGUGAAUUAUCCAGCGGCAUCUUCUACCCCGUUGUUACCGGUAGAAACAGACGACGAAGAUCCAGUACCGAUACCGUCGGAACACGAUCCAUCGGAGCAUGUGGUGAUGAAAGAUGGUUACACAUUUUACAUACGCUACUUGGAUGAAUCUGUUUCCGAGGAGCCGCUAGUACAACGCAACCACGGGGCGGAUUUUUGUGAGGUGGAAAGCCUCCCCUCGAUUUCGAAUGAACUGUCCAUGCUGAUGGACGAUAGUAUGCUUCCAGAAGGUGCCAUAUCCAUGUUUGAACCGAACGAAAGUUCACAGCGCGACUGGAUCAAUUAUGACGAGUUGCCUUUGCUGAAUCAGCAAAAGCGACAACAGACUGUGUCGACCGAUCAUGUUUCGCCACAAAGUGACACUUUGGGUGAGAACCAUCGUGGCAAGAAUAACCAAAACACGUUGGUAAAGCCGACAGAAAAUCAACAUGCAAAUGAGGCCGGUUUAAGUGGGUGUGAAAUGUUCCCUGUGUUAACCAACACGGCACAGUCUGCUGGGGCAGAAUUUUCGCAAAGUAACGAAACAGUUCUUAUGAAUAGCAGCGUGCCAACCUUAGUUACCAUGGUGCCUGAUUUUAGUCACUACUGCGUGGAGUGCGAAAAAUUUUUCCCUUCCAACGAUAGUCUUCAAGAGCACAUGGAAUCGAACCAUCGGCUGUUCGACGAAACGCUCAUCACAAGAACGAGCACACCGAAAGCUUCCUUCCACAACCAUGCAUUAGUUUGGCCCUGUACCACGAUAGUAGAUUCCACCAACCAACGUCGGAAGAGGCCAUUUUUCUGUGAUUCAUGUAACAUAUCGUUUGACUUUGUCGAAAGUUACUACAUGCACAACCAUAGCGUCCACGGUGGAGGAGUUGGUACCGGUUACCGAUGAGAGUGAAAGACAAUGCACUACAAUUAUGAUUACAAUAUUCUCAACGCUAGUGUACCUUAAAACCAAACAAAAGUUAGGCGAAACACCUACGGAAAUGUAUGUGUACAGAUGUAAGCAAUUACACCCAUAAAGAUAAAGAAAAGUAGGAGCAUUCUUCAAAGAAGAUGUUGGUUUAUGUCGUUAAAUAACGUAAAUUGCAUAACCAAUGCAAUUGGUCCAAAGCACAGCGCAAAGCAAAACGAAUUGUUACCACGUGGUUAAGUUGAUGUUAAUAAUUAGAAGAACGAAAAGAAGGCAGGUUUUUACUGAUUCUGUUGUUUAUUUUCUAUUGAUACAUUCAAACGAAAUAAAAAAUCAAUUUCCUAAC